UUGAGGUUCUGUUGACUAGUUAUAUUCGCUGAAUGACUAUAAACCACCCAUUUCUAAAGCGAAGAUGACCCAGAUUACAAAGGCAGCCAUCAAAGCUAUUAAGUUCUAUAAACACGUGGUACAAAGUGUCGAGAAAUUCAUUCAGAAAUGUAAACCAGAAUACAAGGUACCUGGACUGUAUGUUAUUGACUCCAUUGUGCGACAAUCCCGCCAUCAGUUCGGUCAAGAGAAGGAUGUGUUUGCACCCAGAUUUAGUAAUAACAUCAUUAGCACUUUCCAGAAUUUAUAUCGUUGCCCUGGGGAUGACAAGAGUAAAAUAGUGAGAGUAUUAAACUUGUGGCAGAAGAAUAAUGUUUUUAAGAGUGAGAUUAUCCAGCCUCUUCUGGAUAUGGCAGCAGGGAUUCCUCCUCCAGUUGUCACCCCAGUUUUGGCCGGCACCACUGCAGCGAUGAGCAAUACUCCAGGAACCCCUGUGACACCUGUUACUCCAGCCAAUGUGGUCCAAGGCUUACCUGAUCCAUGGGUGUCUCAGAUAACAAACACAGACACACUGGCAGCCGUUGCUCAGAUCUUACAGAGUCCUCAAGGUCAGCAGCUUCAGCAGCUCAUACAAACCUUACAGAUACAACAGCAGAAGCCCCAGCCUUCCAUCCUGCAGGCCUUGGAUGCUGGUCUAGUGGUUCAGUUGCAGGCACUCACAGCACAGCUUACAGCUGCAGCCGCAGCAGCCAACUCCCUUACACCCUUGGAUCAGGGAGUCUCUUUCAACAAGAAGUUGAUGGAUAGGUUUGAUUUUGGGGAAGAUUCUGAGCACAGUGAAGAAUCCAAAAAGGAAAUUCCUACUCCUCAACUUUCUCAUGUUUCCGAAUCUGUGAACAACUCCAUCUUCCAUCAGAUUGCAGAGCAGCUGCAGCAGCAGAACCUGGAGCACCUUCGACAGCAGCUGUUGGAGCAGCAGCAGCCUCAGAAGGUAACUCCUCAAGAUAGCCAGGAGGGAACAUUUGGGUCAGAGCACUCAGCGUCACCCUCACAAGGAAGUAGCCAGCAGCAUUUUCUGGAACCCGAAGCAAAUUUAGAUGAUUCCAUAGACAUUCAGCAACAGGAUAUGGAUAUUGAUGAAGGACAAGAUGUUGUUGAAGAGGAGAUCUUUGAACCAGAAGCUAAGAAAGUAGCUGUUCGCUCAAGAUCAAGAACUCACUCGCGAUCUCGAUCAAGAUCACCAAGAAAACGAAGGUCCAGGUCACGAUCUGGGUCGAGAAAGCGAAAACAUAGGAAGCGAUCCCGCUCUCGUUCUAGAGAGAGAAAGAGAAAAUCAUCACGAUCAUAUUCAAGUGAAAGAAGAGCCAGAGAAAGGGAGAAAGAACGCCAAAAAAAGGGAUUGCCUCCUGUCAGAUCAAAAACUCUAAGUGUGUGCAGCACUACUCUCUGGGUUGGCCAAGUGGAUAAGAAGGCUACACAACAAGAUCUAACCAACCUCUUUGAGGAGUUUGGACAAAUUGAAUCUAUUAAUAUGAUUCCACCCAGGGGCUGUGCAUAUGUCUGUAUGGUUCAUCGACAAGAUUCUUUUCGGGCUCUUCAGAAACUGAGUUCAGGAUCCUAUAAAAUUGGUUCCAAGGUCAUUAAGAUUGCCUGGGCUUUGAACAAAGGUGUAAAGACGGAAUAUAAACAGUUCUGGGAUGUGGAUCUUGGAGUCACAUAUAUACCUUGGGAAAAAGUUAAAGUGGAUGACUUGGAUGGCUUUGCAGAAGGAGGCAUGAUAGACCAGGAAACUGUAAAUGCUGAAUGGGAAACUGUGAAAACCUCAGAACCCGUUAAAGAGACGGUCCAGACUACACAGAGUCCAACUCCAGUUGAAAAGGAGACGGUGGUCACAACACAGGCAGAGGUCUUCCCUCCGCCUGUGGCCAUGCUGCAGAUUCCAGUAGCUCCAGCGGUUCCUGCAGUUAGUCUAGUUCCACCAGCGUUUCCUGUGUCGAUGCCGGUCCCACCUCCUGGAUUCAGCCCAAUCCCUCCUCCUCCUUUUCUUCGAGCAAGUUUUAACCCUUCACAACCACCUCCUGGUUUUAUGCCACCUCCGGUUCCCCCACCUGUUGUACCUCCCCCUGCAAUUCCUCCAGUAGUACCAACAUCUUUAGUGCAACCACCAUUGUCCAUGACCCCAGAAACUGUGAAAGAUGUUGGAUUUGGUAGCCUUGUUUUACCAGGUGGUUCUGUUGCCAGCGGUCUUGCUCCUUCAACUCUAUCAGCUGGAAAUGUUUUUAAUCCUCCCAAUAAAGCAGAGCCUGAAGAAAAAGUACCUCACCUUACAGAACACCAGAUUCCUUCUGGUGAAAACACCAGACCAGUGAUUGCAAAUGAUAUUCCAAGUAGUGCUGCAAUGUUAGCACAGCCGCCUGGCCCCGCAAACACCUCUGGGAUCCUGUGUGUGCAGAGACCAAAUGUGUCAAGUAAUUCUGAAAUGCUGGGGGUUCGGCCAGCUAAUGUUUCCAGUAAUGCUGCGAUUAUUGGAGCCCAGCCACCAAAUAUUCUAAAUAACUCUGGAAUUUUGGGCAUACAGCCACCAAAUGUGUCGAGUGGCUCUGGACUUCUUGGGGUACUGCCUCCAAACUUGCCUAACAACUCUGGACUUGUAGGACUACAGCCACCAAAUGUUACAAAUCCUGCUGGACUUUUGGGAACACAGCCACCAAUUGGACCUCAAAACUUACCUCCCUUAACUAUCCCAGCUCAAAGGAUGCCUGCAUUGCCAAUGUUAGACAUCCGUCCAGGACUGAUACCACAGGCUCCUGGACCAAGAUUCCCUUUACUACAGCCUGGAAUCCCCCCCCAGCGGGGGAUGCCUCCCCCAUCGGUACUUGAUGCAGCUCUUCACCCGCCUCCCCGUGGACCUUUUCCUCCUGGAGAUCUGUUUAGUCAGCCAGAAAGACCUUUUCUGGCUCCUGGAAGACCAAGUAUAGACAAUGUUCCCAACCCAGAUAAACGAAUACCACUUGGGAAUGACAGUAUUCAGCAGGAAGGGGAUAGAGAUUACCGGUUUCCUCCUGUAGAAACAAGGGAGGGCAUGAAUAGACCUCCCCCGGUGGAUGUUAGGGAUGUGGUUGGGCGACCUAUAGAUCCCCGAGAAGGCCCUGGAAGGCCUCCAUUAGAUGGUAGGGAUCAUUUUGGAAGACCUCCUGUGGACAUCAGAGAGAAUCUUGUGAGGCCAGGUCUAGAUCAUCUUGGUCGAAGAGACCACUUUGGAUUUCCCCCAGAGAAGCCUUGGGGGCAUAGAGAUUUUGAUGAGAGAGAGCAUCGAGUUCUGCCUGUCUUUGGUGGUCCAAAAGGCUUACAUGAAGAAAGAGGUAGAUUUCGGGCUGGAAGUUACCGAUUUGAUCCUAGAAGUGGUCCUUGGAACAGAGGAUUUGCGCAAGAAGUUCACAGAGAUUUUGAUGACCGCAGAAGACCCUGGGAGAGGCAAAGGGAUAGGGAUGACAGAGAUUUUGAUUUCUGCAGAGAAAUUAAUGGAAAUCGUCUUGGACGAGAUAGAAUUCAAAACACUUGGGUCCCCCCUCCUCACGCUCGGGUGUUUGAUUAUUUCGAAGGGGCCACUUCUCAACGAAAAGGUGAUAAUGUGCCUCAAGUUAACGGUGAAACUACAGAGAGGCAUGCUCAGCCACCGCCUUUACCAGUCCAGAAGGACCCUGAACUCUAUGACAAACUGGCGUCUUCAGGUGACGUAGACAAGGAGGAGAGCGGCACAGUUGCUGGUGUAGAAAGUGAAGCAGUGGUGGUAGAGAGCACAGAGACUGAGGGGACAUAACCAUCGCUCAGUAGGUAAAAGAAACCUUUUGUACAGUUGUCAUCUCUGUAAGAGGGUAGUGGCUGACUGCACCAGAGGUGUUCCCGUUGUUUAUCUGCCAGAACUAAGUUAAUCUGAUGUUCAUGUUCACCUUUCUCUUAAAAUGAUUGUACAACUGACUUGUAGAGACAUUGUUCUUAAUAUGAACAUGGUAGGUAAACAUUUUUUUAUUUUUCUGAUAAAGUAUAAAUGUUGCCCCAGAUUCUUUUAACGUCAAGGAGAUGCUAACAGCUGGUCGGAGACUUCCUAUGGAAGAGAGGGUUUUAGACACUGUCAUUGGCUUGGCUAUGGUAAUGACAUCAUUGCAGAACAGCAAGGUGUGGCACAUCUUCUUCCUAUCUCUAGGCUGCUGCAGGAUUUUAAGGUAACAAAGCUGUGACAUUUUAUGCAAGGACUGGCUCUAGAUUCUUGAGGAGCAUAAUACAGAGAUUUUAAAAAGCGAUUUUGUGAAAAUCUCCACUAUGGUCUCUGUUCCUCCAAAGUAAGUGUGUGUGAUUUGUUCCUCAUACUGCAGUGAGUUAAAAAAAAAAAAAAAGAAAAAAGAAAAGAAAAAGCAAACAACAUAAACAUUAAAAUACGUUUCAAUGUUGGGUGAAUUUUGUUUUUAGAUGCCAAUAAAACUUACUUGUUUGAUAA